UUUAAAAAUCAACAAUAACUAACAACAGAGAAAAAACAAAAUAUUGUUUACCCAUAAAAAUUGUUGCCCCUCGGCCCCCAAGCCGCCCCCUCGCGCUGACCCGUACGUUUUAAAGCCGCGUUGUGAUGCAAGAUCAAAAAACCCAGAAAAUAUUUCGGAUGCAACCAAUAUUGUGCCCUUGGAUUACCUCCCAGCCUUAUCACUCAUCGCUCUGGAGUAAAAAUAGAUCUUCAAACCCGAGUGAUCCGUCGUUAGCGAAUCGUUUUUUAAAUAAUCCUUGGAUCAACAGACAGAUGCCUCUUGGAAUGCCGCGAUCGCAGGAUAAACCGUUGCCCUCGAUUCAGCAGUCGUCUAGCCAAUUCUUCUAUUUUCUUCGGUUAAUGCAACUUUUUCCUGACACCCACCCUGCCACACUGCACACGGUUUUAGUGUUAUGCAAAAACGAUUUCUUUUGCGCUGUGGAUAAGAUGUUGUAUGCGAAGAGGUGUAAGCUGUUGUGUUAUAAGAAGAAUAUACUUCAGAAGAGUCAACGCGGAAGUAGGAGUUAUGCCGGGAAUGACACUGUAGGAAUGAGGGCAAAUAACAAAAGCGAAUUUCCUAAACAAACGAAUUUUGUGAAUAAAGCGUCGUCGAGUGUCAGCAAUGCAGAGAAGAAACGUGAAGAUUCGACUUUCGGAGUCAGCUUGCAUCAAGGCGCUUCAAACGAGUCCCUCGUGAUUACUUCGUUCGUAGAAAAACCCGAGGACUUAACAACCGUUAAGAAAUCCGAAGAUACGUUAAAAGUUACUCAGUGA